GUUUACCCAGGUAGAGCCUCGCUCCGUCUCUCUCUCGUAGGGAUAUCAAUUGAGUAGCAGCGAGGAUGGAAUCGAUGUCCAGGUUGGAACAUUACAACGCGGGGCCUAGCCAUGCGGGGCCUUGCCUCCUGCCCUCGCCUAAUUGCAUUUGCUAUAAUUCUCUGCUUAAGUUUAAUUUGUCUUCAUCUGGCUCACUACUUUGAAACUUUGUUUCUUUUAAAUAUUUCAACAGUUUUUUUUAUCUUACCAGGCCAAGCCCACUUCAGCUGCUAUACCGCUCUUGUUUUCUGAAGCGACCAGCCCACAACAAAGUGGCUUAUCAACGUGUGGAAAUGUCUGUCGGUCAAAUACUCUAAACGCGUGGUGAUGUUGACUCUAAAUGUGGAGGGGAAAACCCUGAGGAUCCGGAGGAAAAUCCACGCGACCACGGGGAGAGAGAGAGACACGCAAACUCCAAAUAUACGUCCUUAAUACAGAAUUGGUCUGAUGGAGCAAAGGGACUCGGCGCAGCUCGGUACAAGAAGGAAACAAUGCGACCAGUAUGCAGACAGCACGGAUCGUACUGGAAGUUUGACACAGCACCAGAUAACUCACACAGGAGAGAAACCAUUCAAGUGCACUGUGUGUAACAAGGCAUAUGCACAGUCAUCAACUCUUCAGAUCCACCAGAGAACACACACGGAAGAGAAACCUUUCAAGUGCAGUUUGUGUGUAAAGGUAUUUUCAGGUUCAUCUCCUCUGAAACGACACCAGAAAACACACAGGGGAGAGAAACCCUUCAGGUGCCUUUUGUGCGAUAAAGCAUUUGCAAAGUCAUCAUAUCUUCAAACACACCAAAUAACACACACGGGAGAGAAACCCUUCAAGUGCUUUGUGUGUGAAAAGGCAUUUGCAAAGUCAAAAGAUCUUAAGAAACACCAGAGAACACACACAGGAGAGAACCCCGUUAAGUGCACUGUGUGUGAGAAGGCAUUUUCAACGUUAUCACAUCUGAAAACACACCAGAGAAUGCACACAGGAGAGAAACCCUUCAAGUGCAGUGUGUGUGAGAAGGCAUUUGCAACGUUAUCAAAUGUUAAGCACCACCAGAGAACACACACAGAAGAUAAACCCUUCAAGUGCACUGUGUGUGAGAAGGCAUUUGCAACGUUUUCAAAUCUUCAGACCCAUCAGAGAAUACACACAGGAGAUAAACCCUUCAAGUGCAGUGUGUGUGGGAAGGUAUUUGCACGGUUAUCACAUCUUCACGACCACGAAAGAACACACACAGGAGAGAAACCCUUCAAGUGCACUAUGUGUGAGAAGGCAUUUACAGAGUCAUCAACUCUUCACGACCACCAGAGAACACACACAGGAGAGAAACCCUUCAAGUGCACUAUGUGUGAUAAGGCAUUUGCAAAGUCAUCAAAUCUUCAAAGUCACCAGAGAAUACACACCGGAGAGAAACCCUUCAAGUGCACUACGUGUGAGAAGGCAUUUACAGAGUCAUCAACUCUUCACUACCACCAGAGAACGCACACAGGAGAGAAACCCUUCAAGUGCACUGUGUGUGAGAAGGCAUUUGCACGAUCAUCGCAUCUUAAAAAACACCAGAGAACGCACACAGAAGAGAAACCCUUCAAGUGCACUAUGUGUGAAAAGGCAUUUGCAAAGUCAUCAAAUCUUCAGAGUCACCAGAGAACGCACACAGGAGAGAAACCCUUCAAGUGCACUAUGUGUGAGAAGGCAUUUACAGAGUCAUCACAUCUUAAAAAACAUCAGAGAACACACACUGGAGAGAAACCAUUCAAGUGCACUGUGUGUGAGAAGGCAUUUGCAAAGUCAUCACAUCUUCAGAGUCACCAGAGAACGCACACAGGAGAGAAACCCUUCAAGUGCACUAUGUGUGAGAAGGCAUUUACAGAGUCAUCACAUCUUAAAAAACACCAGAGAACACACACAGGAGAUAAACCCUUCAAGUGCAGUGUGUGUGGGAAGGUAUUUGCACGGUCAUCACAUCUUCACGACCACGAAAGAACACACACAGGACAGAAACCCUUCAGGUGCACUAUGUGUGAGAAGGCAUUUACAGAGUCAUCAACUCUUCACGACCACCAGAGAACACACACAGGAGAGAAACCCUUCAAGUGCACUAUGUGUGAGAAGGCAUUUGCAAAGUCAUCAAAUCUUCAAAGACACCAGAGAAUACACACCGGAGAGAAACCCUUCAAGUGCACUAUGUGUGAGAAGGCAUUUACAGAGUCAUCAACUCUUCACUACCACCAGAGAACGCACACAGGAGAGAAACCCUUCAAGUGCACUACGUGUGAGAAGGCAUUUACAGAGUCAUCAACUCUUCACUAUCACCAGAGAACGCACACAGGAGAGAAACCCUUCAAGUGCACUGUGUGUGAGAAGGCAUUUGCACGAUCAUCGCAUCUUAAAAAACACCAGAGAACGCACACAGGAGAGAAACCCUUCAAGUGCACUAUGUGUGAAAAGGCAUUUGCAAAGUCAUCAAAUCUUCAGAGUCACCAGAGAACGCACACAGGAGAGAAACCCUUCAAGUGCACUAUGUGUGAGAAGGCAUUUACAGAGUCAUCAUAUCUUAAAAAACACCAGAGAACACACACUGGAGAGAAACCAUUCAAGUGCACUGUGUGUGAGAAGGCAUUUGCAAAGUCAUCACAUCUUCAGAGUCACCAGAGAACGCACACAGGAGAGAAACCCUUCAAGUGCACUAUGUGUGAGAAGGCAUUUACAGAGUCAUCAACUCUUCACGACCACCAGAGAACACACACAGGAGAGAAACCCUUCAAGUGCACUGUGUGUGAGAAGGCAUAUACACGAUCAUCGCAUCUUAAAAAACACCAGAGAACGCACACAGGAGAGAACCCCUUCAAGUGCACUAUGUGUGAGAAGGCAUUUGCAAAGUCAUCAAAUCUUCAGAGUCACCAGAGAACGCACACAGGAGAGAAACCCUUCAAGUGCACUAUGUGUGAGAAGGCAUUUGCACAGUCAUCAAAUCUUCAGAGCCACCAGGGAACACACACAGGGGAGAAACCCUUCAAAUGCACUGUGUGUGAGAAGGCAGUUACAGAGUCAUCACAUCUAAAAACACACCAGAGAACGCAUACAGGGGAGAACCCCUUCAUGUGUACUGUGUGUGGAAGCGCAUUUGCAACAUUAUCAAAUCUUCACGACCUCCAGAAAAUACACACCGGAGAGAAACCCUUCAAGUGCACUAUGUGUGAGAAGGCAUUUACAGAGUCAUCAAAUCUUAAAAGACACCAGAGAAUGCACACAGGGGAGAAACCCUUUAAGUGCACUGUGUGUGGGAAGGCAUUUGCAUGGUCAUCACAUCUUCAAAGACACCACAGAACACACAGGCAUCAGACGAUCCCCAAGGAGCGGAGUCUGAAAUCGGCUUGUGCAAGUCCAAGUGCUGCAAUGAGCUCAUUCCUGCUGAAAAAAGAACCUGAAUUUAAUUCCAGCUUGGAUGCAAUGAAAUGUAUCAAGGUGGAUUUUGACGAGGUGAAAUGUGAAGAAGUGAUGGUGAAGAGCGAAGAAGCGAUGGUAAAAUGUGAAUAUGAAGAUUCAACUCCAAAAUCGGACCUUCACAUCGAUGGAGGCAACGUGAAGCAGGAGGAGAAUUCUGACUGUGAGGCAGAGCGAGGCAACUCCCAGGAGUUUGUGGAAGUGGAGGUGUGGGUGGACUUCUUAGACAAUACAAAGUCAAAUGGAGACCCGGUAGAUGUGUAAGCUUGAGACAAUGAAGCUCCAAUAGAUUCACCUUUGUCUCAUGCCUUUAAUUAAAAUAACGUGAAGUUGCACACUCAAUUCCUAGGUUCAACCUGCAGAGUAAUAGCAGCCAGUAUUUGUGGACAUAUGGGUUGGGUAGAUCUCUAACCAGGAGUAAGAGCCAAUAAGCACCCAAGCAUUCACUAUAUUAUGAUAAUAUUUGCAUUAAUGUGGAGCUUAAUUCCCCAUAAUUAGAUCGCAUUAAUUUAAAUGUUUAGUGAAACCCGCCACUACGCAAUUUGUUCUCCAACACACCGGUGUGCUGUACUAGUGUAGUGUUAUAACGCCGAUUGUUGUCCAGCAACGGCAACUGCGGUCGACAAAUAGUACACACGCCAGUGAGCAUAUACACCGGUGUGUCGGCAGGGAAGAAGAACUGGGGCAAGGGUCACGGAAGACCCCAUCUGGAAGCUCCUGGAACCUGCUAGUGGGUUCGAGAAGGGAGGCGCGGCCAGGGCGGAGCCAGGCCACACUGGGUAGCAUAAAAGCAGCUGAGAGUAUGAGCUCAGGGCUGUCAGUUUUGGGAGUGGGCUCAUCUCCUUGUGGCUGUCAUCUUCGCUGCCUUUGUCAAUGCCGGCUUCGCUGGAUAGUUGUUGGCUGUCUCGGUCAGCGCCAUUGGUGUUACACGGUCAGGGUUGUGUUUAUGCUAGGUUUGACGACGAGGGAGUGCGAUGGCAAACCUGUGAAGGUAUUAAUAAAGGUGCCCCCUUAGAAACCUUGUCUCCCGCAAUGAUGACACUACAACUGGUGUUAGGAGUGGGGUGAAGAAAAUACACCUAUAGUGUCAUCGGAGGAUGGGAAUGGCGAAACAUUAAUCUCUCCGGCAGCCACGGGAACUGGUUAUGAAGCCCAUUGGCGGAGAGAGAGCGGCUGCGGAUCGGCGGGAGAGUGGCGUAAAAUUGGCGAGAGAGGAGCCCGAUCCUUUGCGGUCAUGCGCUGAGCACGCGGCAUGGCCGAGGACCACCGUGUUGAGGGGAGCGCGGGGAAGUGUGGGAGUCGCUCCACAGCCAGCGGCGUGUAAAGGAGUCACGAAGGGACCCUGACAGCGAUCCUCGUCUCUGUGAGAGAGCAGAGGAGCCUGGGCCGGAGACCGCGCAUGUGGUGGGUGCCAUUUUGCCCGUGGAGGGCUUGGCAUGGCUGGCGGGAGCUAUUUUGCGAAAAGCGCGGGACAGCGCUGGAGGGGCGGCAGAGUUAAUGGCGCUGCAAGGGGAUAUUUUUGGCUUCUCGUGCGAUGCCCGCACGAGAUUUCUCCAGUGGAAGCGAGGGGAAGCCGAGACACCCUUCACUUUCCUGGAGGCGCUGCUGGUGCUGGGGCAGACAGCGUACCCCCAGACGGGUGAGAUGGCGAUCGACUCCUUGGCGGUGGAAAGGCUGCUGGCGCGGGAGUCGGGGAUCGGAAGGCUUGGGGGAUCACGUCCUUGAAGGUGGCCUGGGAAAUUCAGGGCCACGAGGCCCGCCAGCAUUGGCCCAAAGUGGAGGCUUGGCCGGGGUGUCAGCAGGGUGCCGGCAGCGCCACCGUAGCACUCCAACCUGCCGGCAACAUCUUCCCAAGCUCCAUGUUGCUUUCCGUGACUGCCGUGUGCAAAGUGUCAGGGGCUGGAUCUGAUUUUUAUGCUACUGCGGAUUUCAGGGACGGGCCGUGCCCUUAGGCCAUUGUUUUUUUGUUCCCAUUCCUCGGAAUCCCAAGGAAUGCAAAACCCUGCCAAGGCGGGGGUGACCAGUGUCGAGGACCGGCUCACGUGAGCUAUGUUCUGGUAAAGGCCGACUCUCCCUUGUAAGGUGAGAUUCGGGGGGGUUGUGUAUAUUGU